AUGGCCGACCCCUUCAGCAUCAUUGGCCUUCUUGGCGUCGCAGCCCAGAUCAUUGAGAUAGCCGUUGGUUUCGGCAGCGACUGGAAAGACAUUCCCACCGCUACAAUAGAUCUCAUUUCCCAACUCCAGUACCUAAAAGCUGUGCUGUCGGUCACAUACAUCAACAUCCUCACUCACGACGGCUUUCGCCAUGACUUCCAGAUCCAGCGAGCAGAAAAUCUCUCCCAACCUGGCAUCGAUGAGCCUAGGAUAACCAUGGCCGAGAUGGUGUCUUCGUGCACGGCAGAGCUCAAAGAUCUUCUCGGGAUCUUGGAAAAAUACAAAUAUGGCCAUCGCUUUGGCUGGCGACGCCUAAAAGGGGCAUUCAAUCCCAAAGCGACACGAGCCAGAGUUGAAAGCCUCCGCAACCAAUGCGGGAGCUUGAACAACAUGGCGUCGAUCAACUUUCAAUCUGCGACCUAUAAUGAAGUCCAGGCAACACGGAAGGAGCAGCAAGACUGGCGCCAAAGCGAAGAGAAUAAAGAAGUGCUAGCCUGGUUAUCCGAUCUGAGCUUUGAGGACACACACCGAGCUGUCCUCAACAAGCGCCAUCCCAAUACAGGACAGUGGUUCUUGGAUAGGGAUGAAUUCAAGCAGUGGCGAGACAGUCAGUCCAAUACGACUUCGGCACUUUGGUGUCCUGGGAUGCCCGGAGCCGGGAAGACAGUCAUAAGCUCAGUUGUCAUUGAUCAUCUACGGCAGCAGUUCAAUGAUUCUACGAUAGGCAUAGCUUUCGUAUACUGCGACUACAAAGGCCGGCUGAACCAGACCCCGAGCAACCUCCUCUCCAGUCUCGCUAAACAGCUCGCUAGACAAAAGCAGGUCUUGCCAAAAGAGGUCAAUGACCUUUACGACAAGUAUGCAAAAAAAGAAACCUUUCCAUCUCUGGAUGAGUAUUCCACUCUGUUUUUGCAACUUGUCGCUUCUUUCAGCAGGACUUUCAUCAUCGUCGAUGGUCUCGACGAACAUGUUGGAGAAGAGGAUGAUGGUUCCCUCAACAUGGAGUUCAUUGACCGGUUACGACAAGUUGAAAAACAAGACGACAUGAAUGGUCGCAUGAGACUCUUCGUGACGUCGAGGGAGAAUGACACCAUUCGGGAUCAUCUCGAUGGAUGCAGCUACAUCAACAUCCAUGCACUGGCCUCGGACAUUCGCGCGUUGGUGAGAUCCCGCAUCUCUGAUAACAACUUCAGAUGUGCAAAACUGCUACGGGAGAGGCAGAGAGAUCUCGCCGACACGAUUGUUACGACUCUGACGGAGAAAGCUCAAGGAAUGUUCCUGCUCGCACAUCUUCACGUCGAUCAACUGGGAAGACAGACAAACAUACGAGACCUCAGGAAAACACUGGACAAUUUACCGAGGCCGAGCAAGAUCAACAGCCUCUAUGGUGAUGCCAUGGACCGAAUAAACAGGCAGCCGGAAGAAGACAAGGAUCUUGCGCUGCAAGCAUUGAGCUGGGUCGUUAGAGCACGUCGACCACUCCUCCUAAGCGAGCUACUAAUUGCGCUUGCGCUUGAUCCCGAAGAUGAUGAUCUAGAUGAAGAAUCGAUCCCCUUUGAUUCUCUUAUUGCUUCACUCACAGCUGGACUCCUCACCAUGGAACCGACCUUGACAGGCGAUGAUAGGACCGUACGACUGGUCCACUUCACGGCUGCCGAGUAUUUUAAAAAGGAGGGAAGCCAAUAUGUCAAUUACACGGAGGACCACUUGGCAGAGACUUGCCUCAACUACCUUUUGUUUGAGAACAUGGAGCCAGACGUUCCAAUACGCGGUCAACCCGACCACCGAUACGGGUUCUACGACUAUGCUGCUAAUAACUGGGGACACCAUGUCCGUGCAGCCUUGAACACCAACCAAGCUUCAGUCAUGAGAUUUCUCAACCAUGAAGCCAAGGUCAGAACCUGCUGCACAGCGAUCAACGAGUACCUCAAGUGGCCCCCAUCGAAAGCUUUAUACCUCACGGUGUAUUUCAACCUGGAAGAAUCGAUGCGUGCCCUUCUUGAAUUGGGAUGCGACAUCAACGCCACAGACCCUAACGGAUGGACCCUGUUGUUGUCUUUUGUGGAAAGGGGCCAGGAGGAAGCUGUCCAGCUUCUCCUUGAGAAUGGUGCCGACAUCAGUCCCAGAGCGACCCAGAGGAAUGCCGCACGGAGAGAACCCCUUGCAAUUGCUGCAGAGCAGGGAAACCAGGCGAUGGUCCGGCUUCUUCUUGACAAGGGCGCUGAUCCCAACUGUGGGGCUCAAGGUAACCAAAACAACCGGGAGGAAACGACUGUGCCGCUUCUGACUGCUGCAAAGAAUGGAAACUUUGAGAUUGUAGAGAUGUUACUGGGGGCAGAGGGCAUCCGUAUCAACGAAAUGGCUGGAACCCGCAAGACAGCAUGCAAUUUGGCUAUAUGCAACGGGCACAUGGAGGUGGCUCGACUUUUGCGGAGCCGUGGUGGGACUCAUUGA